AUGCUCGCAACCAUUGCUGAUAUGUCUCCACUGAGACAUCUCCUUCGAGAAUUUCCUAAGAGCAUAAAGUUUUGCUUUGCCUAUGGCUCGGGUGUGUUUAAGCAGGCUAACAACAAUCAUGAGAAUAUGCUGGAUCUCAUAUUUGUUGUGCGCAACUCCAACAAAUGGCACGCUGAGAAUCUGCAGAGAAACCCCAAACAUUACGCCCAGCCCUUGAGGUUCCUUGGCCACAAAGUGAUCACUAAAGUUCAAGAGGGAUCAGGUGCCAAUAUAUAUUACAAUACUCUGAUCAGGACCAGUCAAGGGCAGCUCAUCAAAUACGGAGUGAUAUCUGAGAUAUCGCUGGUGGAGGAUCUCUUGGAUUGGAAUAAUCUGUAUCUCUCAGGACGACUGCACAAGCCCGUGAGAGUGCUGGUGGAGCCUGAUGAGAGCUCCCAGCUGCGCACUGCUCUAGUGCAGAACCUCCACUCAGCUGUGCAUGCUGCUCUGCUGCUGCUGCCCGAGCACUUCACUGAGAUCGACUUCUUCCGGAAGAUCACCGGGCUGUCUUACCACGGCGACUUCCGGAUGAUUUUCGGCGAAAACAAGCAGAAGAUCAACAAUAUCGUGCUGCCGCAGCUGCAACACUUCAAGCAGCUGUACGAGCCAGUGCUGAAGCACUUCGACAACUAUGUGGACAUACCCUUGUCAGACAACAUGGCGAUCACAUGUCACCAGGACACUAGCCCGGCCACCAAGAUCCAUCAUCUCAAUCACUUGCCGCGAACGCCGCAAAUCAGACUGGUUCGGGCAUGGUCUCACGGUCCGCGAUCAAGAGACACGGAGGAUUGUCUGCGGGCCAUCGCGCACGACCCGGAGUGCUGCGAGAUACUGGAGCAGUGCCUGAAAGACAUUGUCUGGCGGUCCAGCGUGACGCAGAGUCUCAAGGGGAUCGUGACAGCGGGCCUGAUGAAAUCCGUUAAGUACAGCGGCGCCAAGAUCAUUAAGAUGUUAACGUCGAACGUCUCCGACAGCAAGCACACGCUGCCCAAGCCGGACCACAGCCAGAUCGAUAAGAUCGUUCAGGCGGUCGUAAAGAAGACAGAGACGAAAGAGGCGGAAAAGCGCGUCGAGUAG